CACAGAGUCAAGCUAGACUUGGCACCGCAGUUGUGCAAUAUAGGGGAGGAACGCGCUUGGUUUUGUUGUGCUUCUGAUGUGAGGCCUCGUCUCCACUCCGACUGCCGGUCGGUCGAAUCUUCGACAACGAUCUCUCAAGCAACCCUGCGACCAUUAUAGACCAAUGCUUCAAGCAUGGCUCAAUCUCAGCUCCCUUUCUUGCGGCUUCGAGGGCAACUACGACUGGGGAGAGCAAUGCGACACCGUCCUUACAUCUGCGUCGCUAUUCUGGUCGCCCUGGUCUUCUUAGUCUCGCACGUCAGACCAUCUCUCAAUUUCUUUCUCCACACGCUUGGGACGGGGGAGCAGCAGGUCUGGGACGAGCGUGCGCUGCAGGUCAAGGCGGCUUUCUUGCACGCGUAUCAUGGGUAUGAGCUGUUCGCUGAAGGCCACGACGAAUUGGCGCCCUUGUCGAGUGGUCACAAAGAUCCCUUCAGUGGAUGGGGGGUCACCGCCGUCGACUCGCUCGACACGAUGUUGAUCAUGGACCUCGACGCCGAGUUCUCUCGCGCAUCGUCACGAAUAGCCAAGCUCACGUUCCCAAUGGAGCAGGGAGAAUUCACUCCGUACUUUGAGACUGUCAUACGGUACCUGGGGGGGUUUCUCAGCGCUUACGCCAUGACAAACGAUCGCAUCUUCCUUGAUCUCGCAGACGAUCUCGCGAUCAGAUUAGAUCCUGCCUUCGGCAACUGGAGCUCUGUUUUUCCCGUGUUCGGUGUCAACACACGCGAUGGACAUGUAACUGGUUCGGAGAUUGGUGGACUGGCUGAGAUGGCUACGAUGCAGGUGGAAUAUAUGUAUCUGGCUAAAGCAACUGGAAAGAAACACUGGUACGAUCGCGCCGCUGGUGUGAUAAGCGCUCUGGCUAGUGCCGAUUUGCGCAGUACUGGUGGAAUGCUGCCUACCAAGUGGAACCUGACCUCGGGUCAACCUUUCGAUUGCGAAUAUAUGUCGGCUCCUCCUGUGGCAUUGCCGAACGGCGGUUCGUACCGAUGUCUGGCUCAUCUGGGUGUAGGUGGCCAAGCAGACAGCACACACGAAUAUCUGCUGAAGCAGUAUCUUCUGACUUCAAAGACGGACAAAGAGAGUCUGAGAAUGUAUCUGCGUACUAGCACUCACAUCCUCGCAAAUCUAUUGUACGUCACUCCAGAGCGAAAUCUGUUGUACGUCACGGACACGACCUCGACCACGGAUGACCAUCCCGGUUGCCCGUCACACAAGAUGGAGCACCUGGCGUGCUUUCUUCCUGGUCUCCUCGCGCUCGGUGCCCACUCCCUCCCACUUGAUAAGCUUGUGAAAGAACUUCCCGAGCUGGGCAAGGACUUCGGCUGGGCGUCGCGGGGAUACAAUAUACUCUCGCAAGAGCCUUCACUGAGAGAGCUCCAUCUCUGGGCCGCCAAAGGAUUGGCCGAAACCUGCUUCAUGAUGUACGCCGACGAAGAGUCGGGCCUCUCGCCAGAACAGCUCAUAUUCCAGGUCAAGGACCGACGUUGGGGCAAACUGCAAAAUGGGUCCUGGGUGGACGGGGGCGGUCGCCGAUGGAUUGAUGAAGUGAAAAACUGGCGUCAUAGGUUGGGCAUGGGAUUGGGACGGUUCAAAUACCGAAGAUUCCCACCUGGAGUCGAGGAGAAGCUCGAGCCUAUCGUCUAUUCCAAGGAUCAGCGUCAGCGAGGAUCUGGGAAGGGUCGGGAUUACAGCAUCAAGCAGACUGCCUACCUACUUCGUCCGGAGACGGUAGAGUCGCUGUACAUUCUAUGGAGAGUCACCGGAGAGCGACGGUGGAGGGAAAUGGGCUGGACAAUCUUCCAGGCAAUCGAGCGUGAAACGCGUACGGCAGCAGGAUAUGCAGCGAUCAAGUCCGCCGAGAUGUCUCCAGCGGUUCAGAUGGAUGACAUGCCAAGCUACUUUCUUGCAGAGACAUUGAAGUAUUUGUAUCUGUUGUUCACCAAAGACGACCUGUUUCCGUUGGACAAAUGGGUUUUCAACACUGAAGCCCACCCUCUGCCCAUAUUCGAGUGGACAGCUGAAGAGAAGCUGAAAUUCGGCAUCAUCUAGCAUUAGGGGAUCUUAGUCAAUGCCAAAAGUAUCUAGACAGAGGGAUUUCCAGAUUUUUUCAAACACAACCAUUUC